AGUUCAAAACACAAACUUACUGCAAUGGUUAUGGAAGAAGCCAUGGAUAGCGACAUGAGCCUGUCGAACAUGGUGCUGAGCUUCUUGGAGGAGGGAGAGACGGAGAGAUGGCCGGAGGAGAACGACGACGGCGAGGAGGAGGGGUCCAGCGGCGGCGGCACCGCCGAGAGCAAGGCCUUCUGGCAGGCACAGCACUCCCAGCUCCAUGAGGCUCUGUCCAAGACGAGCACGGCCGAGAGCAGGAUACGGGCGGUGGCGGAGGACGCCAUGGAGAAGACGCGCGCAGUCUGCUCCUGCGCGAGACGGGCGGCGGCCGGCGACUGCCGGAGCUGUCUCCUACGGCGCGUCUCCGAGCAGCUCCGCGACGCCGGAUACAGCAGCGCUAUCUGCAGGUCCAAGUGGACGCGGUCCCUGGACAUCCCUGCAGGCGAGCACAGCUACGUGGAGGCGGCGGUGCAGACCCGGAGCGGCAAGGCGGUGCGGGUGGUGGUGGAGCCCAGCUUCCGCGCCGAGUUCCAGAUGGCGCGCGCCGGCGCCGACUACCGCGCGCUGGUGGCCGCGCUCCCGGAGGCCUUCGUCGGCCGCGCCGACAGGCUGCGCGCCGUCGUCAAGGCCAUGUGCGCCGCCGCAAAGCAGUGCAUGAAGGACAACGGCAUGCACCUGGGACCCUGGAGGAAGCACAAGUACAUGCAGUCCAAGUGGGUCGGCACGCCACAGCGCGACGCGGCGGCGACGGCGGCUGACUCGGUCACGGCCGGGACGUCGCUGUCGCCGGAGAAGCAGCCCAAGUUCAGGGCGUCCAUGCUCAGCUUCGACUUCGGCCGGGCCGCCGCGGUGGUGGUUGCGUGAUGCCGUGACGCAGGCGACAAGAGAAAUGCGUGAUGUAUGUUAUCCAUGUUGUUAUGCACCGGCCUUAUGCCCAUGCCGCGGGAGCUGUAGUAGAGUGUACAUGUACAGGGGACGUUGUCUGCAAACUGCAACAUCAUGAAUCUGUUCUUGAGAAGGAGAAAUCCGCCGAAAGAGGAUAAAAGUAGAAACGAAAUCCAAUUUUCACA